AUGUUCGAUCAGGAUCUGUUACCGGUGGAUUCCCCAUUUCCAGGGAACCGAAACCAUUGGAUGAGGUGGUCUUCGCGCUAUUCAUUCACCACUUAUGAUGGUAAGACAUUCCCCGAAAUAGCGAGGUUGGUCAACAAGCCAUCUCCUAUACUCUAUAUCUCAUAA